UCCCGGUUUGCAAUGGUCAUUUUCAACUUGAGCAUUUAUAACCCAGAACCCUUCAUUAUGGUGGGCAUCCAAGGCCUAGAACAAUACCAUGUAUGGAUUGGAAUUCCCUUCUGUGUCAUCUACAUUUUAGCUGUUGGGGGAAACUGCGUCCUUCUCUACCUCAUUGCAGUAGAACGCAGUCUUCAUGAACCCAUGUUCUUCUUUCUCUCCAUGCUGGCCAUGACUGAUCUCGUCUUGUCCACAGCUGGUGUGCCUAAAACACUCAGUAUCUUUUGGCUUGGGGCUCAAGAAAUUACCUUCCGAGGAUGCCUUACACAAAUGUUCUUCCUUCACUACAGCUUUGUCCUAGAUUCAGCUAUCCUGAUGGCUAUGGCAUUUGAUCGCUAUGUGGCCAUCUGCACCCCCUUGAGAUACAUCACCAUCUUGACCCCCAAGACCAUCAUCAAGAUUGCUGUGGGCAUCUCCUUCCGAAGCUUCUGCAUCAUCUUGCCAGAUGUAUUCUUGCUGACACGCCUACCAUUCUGCAGGACACAUGUUAUCCCCCACACGUACUGUGAGCAUAUAGGUGUUGCUCGGCUUGCCUGUGCAGAUAUCUCUAUCAACAUCUGGUAUGGCUUUUGUGUUCCCAUUAUGACGGUCAUCUCAGAUGUAAUUCUAAUUGCCAUUUCUUACACUUUCAUCCUUUGUGCUGUCUUUCAUCUCCCCUCCCGAGAUGUCCGCCAAAAGGCCCUUGGUACCUGUGGUUCUCAUGUUUGUGUCAUCCUUAUGUUUUAUACACCUACCUUCUUCUCCAUCCUUGCUCAUCGCUUUGGACACAAUGUCUCUCACACUUUCCACAUCAUGUUUGCCAACCUCUACAUUGUUAUCCCACCUGCACUCAACCCCAUUGUUUAUGGAGUAAAGACCAAGCAGAUCAGAGAUAAGGUCGUACUCCUCUUUUCUACCAAGGAUACACAAUGA